GAGGCCCCGCCCCGUUGCCACGGUAACCGCUUCUUCCCGGAAGUGACGCACCGGAAGCGGAAGCGUCGCCAUGAAGCUGCUGACCCACAACCUGCUGAGCUCUCACGUGCCGGGGCUGCGGCCCGGGGGCGGCUUCCCCCUGCGGAUCGAGGUGGGCACCGGGACAGCCCCGGGACACCCCCGGGACACCGGGAGGGGACAGCGCGGCUCCCCCGGGCCCCGGAACGGCCCCGCCGCCUUCCCCGCUCCCGGUGCCACCGUUCCCCCCGUUCCCCCGGGGUUCCUCUCCCGUUCCCCCCGGGGUUCGGGGCUCCUCCCCUUGAGCUCCCCCGGGAAUUUUCCCCCGUUAAAGCCCCGGCACCCCUCGGAGCUGCCCCCCGAGCCCCUCCCCAAUUACGAGGGCGACGAGGAAUUCCUGCGCCGCGUCCACCACGUCCUGCUCGAGGUGGAGGUGCUCGAGGGCUCCCUGCAGUGCCCGGACUCGGGGCGUCGCUUCCCCAUCUCCAAGGGGGUCCCCAACCUCCUCCUGAGCGAGGACGAGGCCUGAGGAGGGGUCGGGACCCCCAAAUUCACCCCCAAAAUGGGGUUCAGCCCCUCCCCCCCCCGGACAGGAUUGUGGGGAGCGCGGGAAAACCCCAAAUUCCCGCGGUUCUGCCCCAAAAACGGGCCCCAAUUCCGCCCGCGCCGCUUUAAAUCCGAGAGGGGCGUGGCCUCAUCGACCUCAUUUGCAUAUGGGCGUGGUCAAAGCGCCCCUCCUUUAUGCAAAUUAGGAAAGUGCUUGUUUGCAUUUUAGGCGGGAGUUUGUUUUAUUUGCAUAAUGGGCGGGAAAAUCCUUUUUUUUUCCUCCCAAAUUCGCCGUUUUUCUCCCUAAAUUUUUCCUUCCUUCCCAAAUUUCUCGGUUUUGCCCCAAAUCCUUUUAUUUUCCCUAAUUUUCACCAUUUUUUUCCCCCCAAGUCCCUCUUUUUAUCUCAAAAUCCUCCGGUUUUGCCCUCAAAUUCCUCUCCUUUCUCCUCAUUCCCUCCUUUGUGCCCCCAAACUUGGAUUUUGUCCCAAAAUCUUAAAUUUUUCCCCAUUUUUUUGCCCCCAAAUCCUUCCUUUCUUCUCCAAAACUCCCUUUUUUCCCCCAACUCCGUCUCUUUUCCCGCUGCUUUCCCGGGGUUUCCCUUCCCGACCUUCUGACCCGUUACAUUUUCAACAUUUCCCAUGGAUUUAAUAAAAAUUCCCCAUUUUUUGGGCUCGAUUUUGGGCCGGAAUCGCC